AUGGAAGGUGCACAACCACCACCACCGGACACCACUCAGUUCACAACAGCCUACCCUCUCCCUCCCGCCUACUUCAACAACUACACCGACCCUGCAGUCGCACCCUUCCCCCGCUACCAGCGCACGCAGACCGACUCCACCACCACCACCACCACCAAGAAGAAUGACACGGUGACCACGCCCAAAGAUCCCGUGGGAUCUCCCAUAUACUCCUUCGACGUUGGUAUACACGCAGAAGCGACCGAGGCAAACGAGAGAGCGGCAAAGGAGGAGGAGGAAGGGAAGACAACACGCUUGUUCCUGCACCCGCCAAAACCGAUAGUCGGGCCGUACUCGGUUUUCGGAGCAACCCAUGAUAUAGAUGUGAAGCGGAAGUCUCUGAAAGAGCUGGGAAUUGAGCAACUGUAUCCCGACGGGCCGAUCGACUUCAAGGCGGUGCUCAAGCACCUCAUCCGCGCACUCCAGCUGAAUCUGUUGGAAUAUCUUGACGUUGUGACUGAACGGACGGAGCAGUUCGAAUACAAAAAAGAACAGAUCUGGCUCAUCCUGCAGAACAUCCACCACGUCAUCAACGAGUACCGCCCGCACCAAGCCCGCGACAUCCUCCGCCUGAUGCUGGAAAGGCAGAUCGCCAAGAAACAGGCCACUGCAGAGAAAUUGCGGGGGUUCUGCAAAGCAGCGAGGGAAGAGUUUGAAUCGGAGCGACGGGCGCUCUUGGACGCGCAACCUCCACAUGAGGAGGAUGGGAUGAGAAAAGCGGCGGUAUCGGACCCGAAAGUGCUACGGGCGUUGCAGAAGUAUAGGGUGGCACAGCAGAGGCUUUUGGGGAUGGUCGAUGUAUGA